AUGCAAGCAUGUAAUGCAUUAGAUAAUAAGACAAUGAUGAUGAACUCAUUAUCAAUCAAAUUUUUAGACUUAGUUGACAUUCGUAUUCCAGAUGAACUACCAAAUGCAGAAUCAAUUACGAACGUUUAUGACAGAUCUAUUGAUGCUAUCAAAGUUUAUCAAACAAAAAUGGUUAGAUGCGCUGAAGAUAUUCGUGAUAUUUAUGAACGACAACGUGUUAUUGAUAAUUUAACUAAAAUUAAUGACGAAAAGUACAAAAAACAUUCAAAACUACGAAACGACUAUGAAAAUAAGAAGGCUACACUUGAUGGCCCCAAAUUAAAAGAAGAAUUAAUUAAAUUUAAAGAACAACUUAAAGAAGAAACUCUUUACUUGAUUGAUCAGGUCGAAAGAUUUGAAAAAUUCCAGAUAAAUAGGCUCACGCAUGCAUUUGUUCUUUAUUCGCAAGCUCUUGAAGAAUUUGGUGUCAGCGACGAGAUGAUUUUUAGGGAACUUAAUGAAAGACUUUCAUCCUACUCAAAACAAAGAAAUCUUCAACGAAUGGAAUCAGCUCAAUGA